AGUAGUGCUUCUAAAACUGCAGGUACAAAGGAAAUCCUUUAGAGGGCGCAAUAUUUGUGUCUAAAGUCUGGAAUUUCACGAGGGACUGUUGAAAAAGCAGGAACUAGUUCAGUGGGCGUCACAGAGAAAGAAACUCUCCAUGAGUAAACACCGAGGAUCAUCUUCAUCACCUGGUCAGUUUCAGUCGGAGACCAAAUGGCGUCCAGGUUAGAGGAGGAUCUCUGCUGUCCGGUCUGCUGCGACGUCUAUAAGGGUCCGGUUAUCCUGCCGUGCAGCCACAGCUUCUGUAAGGAAUGUCUGCAGACCUGCUGGAGAGUUAGAGCUGGACGCUCAUGUCCGGUUUGUAGAAAAAGAUCCGCAACAGACGCUCCUCCCUGUAACCUGGCUCUGAAGAACCUCUGUGAAUCAUUCCUACAGCAGAAAGACCAGAAAAUUUCAGAGGGUCUCUGCUGUCUGCACUCUGAGAAACUCAAACUCUUCUGUCUGGACCAUCAGCAGCCAGUUUGUCUCGUCUGCAGAGAUUCAGAUAAACACUCCAGCCACAGAUUCAGACCCAUAGAUGAAGCUGCUCAGGAUCACAGAGAGAAUAUGAAAACAUUUCUGGAGCCUUUAAAGAAGAAACUGGAGCUGAAGAAGGAAGUUAAAGAGAAGUUUGAUCAGACAGCAGAACAUAUGAAGGUCCAGGCCCGACACACAGAGAGGCAGAUUGUUGAGCAGUUUAAGAAGCUUCAUCAGUUUCUAGCAGAGGAAGAGGAGGCCAGGCUGGCUGCACUGAGGGAGGAAGAGGAGCAGAAGAGAGGGAUGAUGAAGGAGAAGAUGGAGGCUCUGAGCAGAGAGAUAGCAGCUCUUUCAAACACAGUCAGAGCCACAGAGGAGGAGCUGAGAGCUGAAGACGUCUCAUUCCUGCACAACUACAAGGCUGCAGUGGAAAGAGUCCAGCGCUGCCCCCUGCUGGAGGAUCCACAGCUGCCCUCAGGAGCUCUGAUAGACCAGGCCAAACAUCUGGGCAACCUGGCCUUCAACAUCUGGAGCAACAUGAAGAACAUGGUGACCUACACUCCUCUGGUUCUGGACCCAAACACGGCUGGGUCAAGACUCAUCCUGUCUGACGAUCUGACCAGUGGGACGUUUGGAGAGAAACAGCAGCUUCCUGAUAAUCCAGAGAGGUUUGGAGCAGAGUGGUCCGUCCUCGGCUCUGAGGGCUUUAACUCAGGGAACCACAGCUGGGAUGUCGAUGUUGGAGACAACAGAGUGUGGGUGCUCGGCGUGUUGGCAGAGUCUGUCCACAGGAAGCAGGACGUAAAGUCUGGACUAUCGGUUAUCUGGUUCUAUGAAGGGAUUUACUCAGCCGUCUGCCCGUCGGCUCCUUCCGCUGAUCUCUGCGUCCAGAAGAAGAUCCAGAGGAUCCGAGUGAAUCUGGACUUGGACGGAGGGAAUCUGUCCUUCUCUGAUCUGGACACGAACACACACAUACACACCUUCACACACACCUUCAGCGACAGGAUGUUCCCUUACUUCAGAAUGGUGAAAACAACCAGGAUCCUCCCGAUGGAGAUCUCAGUGAUCAAACAGCAGCUCUGACGUCACGACAUGGAGCUGCUGAUCAGAGUGAUCCUUAUCGAUCAGAUUGAAACUGAUCGAUCAGAUUGAAACUGAUCAUCCGGUUGCUUUCUGCUUCAGAUCCAGAUGCUACAAACUAAAUAUGACAGGAAGUGAAACUUCUUUACUUCCUGUGUGGCUCUGAUCAGAUCUUGAGUUUCAUGAAUCCAUCAUCUUUGUCUGAGUUGCAUCCAAAACAUCGAUACCAAGUCGGUAUCAGGAUCGGAAAAAGCUCAAUUCGGAUCGGAUAUUGAUCCUAUUAGUUAAUGGAUCAUUAGUUAACUUUAUCAACUAAAGCUUAGUUAAUAUUUUAGUUAAUGAUUUUUUAAAAAUGUUACUUUAAUUUCUCAACUCUACCUCAAAAAUGACUUUAUUUAGAUU